GCAUCCUCCUGUUGACCUCUAUUUGCUACAACCUUAAAUACUACGUAGGAACUUCACUAAUACAAACUGAAACUUUGACACCACUUCCUCUUCUGGCUCGAUUUAUAGAAACGCCAUCAUAACUUUUCACACUCUCAGUGCAUUUGUCACAGUCUCUCAGCACUGUGCAAAGAAAUGGACAGUCUUCAAGGCGGGAAAGCAUAUGGUUUUCUCAAGUCUCAGCAGGAAGACAAGCUGAGCUCUAUCAAUGAGGCUUUUCUCUCAGAUCCCCAAUAUGCAGAAGAGGAAGACCUUGCCUCAAAACUUGAAAUGUUUAAAAAAAAGUACAUGGAGUUUGAUCUGAAUGACAAAGGAGAAAUAGAUAUAAUGGGGUUAAAACGAAUGCUGGAGAAACUCGGAUUGGCCAAGACUCACUUAGAGCUGAAAAAGAUGAUGUCAGAGGUGGUUGGAGGAACAUCAAAAGACACUAUCAGUUACAAUGACUUCCUGAAUAUGAUGCUGGGAAAAAGAAAUGCAAUACUAAAACUGAUCUUGAUGUUUGAAGGCAUGGGAAAGGAACAGGAGCAGAAAGAUGCUGGACCACCUAGUCGCAAAACCUUUUCAGACCUGCCCUGAAAGUGCUCUCCAUCCUAAAUUGGAAUGAAUGUCAUUAUGACUUUUUUCAGAUUUAAAAAUCAUCAAAGUGCUUCCAAAUUCAUGUCAGAAGGAAAAAAACUUAUUGUAAAAAGUGUUAUUUUUAUUAAACACUGGAAUAUGCAUAAAAUGUU